UCUUCAAUAUGUUCAAUCUUAUUAUUUUCUUGUGAUACAACACCCAUUAUGAUUUUAAAAGAGCUAUUUUUUCUCUGCUUGCCGCUUUUAUUUCUGAUUACAACCUGAACAAAACCACAGCACAGCAUUCGAUCCCUAUUUAAAAAUCGUUCGCAGGGUCCUAUAAUAACUGAGAAAUUAUUGACAGGGUGAAACCUUAUAGACCUAGGGCCUACAUUUUGGUGUCAUCUCAUUAAUUACCAAUGUGAGACAAAUCGUGAUAUAGUGUCUGUCAGAGCUCGCUUUAUGAAUAGCAAUCAAUGGGCAAUUAGCACCCCGCUUCUGUCCGCACCAACGAGCCAAGGGAUUCAUAUUCACUGAGUGGUGGUGGGAGAGUAAACGUCACGAAGAUCAGACGUUAAGAAAUUUCUUAAGAGGACAUGACGUAUUGGCCUGAUACCUCCAGUCUAAUAAUACAUGACAGCGACAUUGGUAUUGAUUUUGUGAUGGGUGAGGAUUACAAUAGUGAGCCAUACUAGGUCUAAUGGCUACCUCAUCAUCAUCACGGAUCAGAAAUAAACCUGUGAAUCUAACAGAGGUCCGCCAUGAACAAAGACGUGUAGCAGCAUUACUCAAUGCAUCAGGACAAAUCAAGGUAACAUAUCCGCCUCAUGAUAGUAUACCUGUCCAGGACCUGUACAAAAGUCGAUUUUAUAGAGAGCUCCGGGCAGCCAGGUCCCUACCAAACCGGAUUCCACCACUGGGUCACCCACUUGUUCCUUUACCUGAUUGGAAACAGACUGAUCAAGACAAUGCUCUAGUUUCAAAUCAGUAUGGACAUUUCGGAAAGGGUGACAAUUAUAGCUCUGUUGCUGCAUUGGCACCUUCGUUUCAAGAUCCAGGUGACAAUCAGAACACAUCUGGUCAUAAAACCAGUCCUAGACGAGCUGUCGCCCUAAGGAGAACUUUGUCAAAGAGUGUGCCCAGUUCUUUGGGAGUAGAUGCUUCAAAGAAACGGUCAACAAAAUCUCUUUCCCGAUAUGAAUCUCUUCCUGAUAUAGGUCAAUCUUCAAGGCAUGGGAAUGACGAUGGUGACGGCAUAUCCAAAGUUGAAUUUCGCCUUCCAAGAUGGCGACGAGGACCAGGAAGAUCGUUGGACAUCGUUACAGAGGGUUCAACAGGACCACCGCAUCUUCAGUAUAAUCAUGGCAUUGUAGAUCCUGGAAAGGUUGAUUCUCGUUCUAUCUCUCAGAUAUUCUCACCAACAGGGUGGCUAAGGGGAGAUACUGACACUGACAUUGAAACAAUGCAAAAGCAUAAUCAGGCUCGGCAUCAUAAACGGAAACAUCAAAGUCUGGCAAAUCCGUUGAAACAGGCUUAUGAACACGAGCGAGUACCUUUUAACAGUCCGGAAUCAUCGACGUCGUCACCAUGUGUUAAGACAUCGUCAAGAGAAAGUGGCACUACUUCUUCAUCUACCAUAGAUUGUGAUAUCGAUGGUGAUCAUUGUCUGGAGGAUGACUCCAAUGAACUUGACAAACCUGCUGCCGAAGAGCAAAAUAUUGAUAUAGAACCUUCUUGCGGUCCCCAAUAUACUCCUGGUGAUGAUAUACACCAACCUAAACCUAAAGGUUCUGGCUUCAAUUGUAGUUUGAAUCCAAAUGAUGAUCCUUAUGGAACGGCAUACGUGAAGGCUCUCUCUGUAUCACGAUCAAAGGCAUUACAGAAGGAUCCGUUUUAUCUGAGUCAUCGUUUGACACGACCGUUUACAUUCUCCUACUUUUGCCACAAUGAGGUAUGCACCUGUGGUAAAUGUCCUAAGAUGAAGCGAAAGAAAGGGAAACUUGGAUUCAAGUCCAUACUGGAUGAUGUCAACAUGUAUGAUUAUUUCAAAUGGUCCAAAGAUGGAACACAAGGACAAUGAUAGAAACGGUUUGAAAAUAGCGAACAUAGUCAUUGCGGUAAGCGGACAUUUUAAUUCGACGUAUAGGUAAUAUUACUCUGCAAUAUUAUUUAUGAUAAAGACAAUUAACAUUUAUUGACAAUCAGUAGAUCAGUGAUGAUAAGUUUGCAUAAUGACAAUCACAAUAAUGGUGAUCUAUAGUUAAUAUCAUAAUUCCUUGAUUAAAUUAGAGCAGUUAAAUCAAAUAAAAAACUAUUCAUUUUAUAGCAAAGGGUAGGAUUUUUUAAUUAUUACCCGGAAACUGAUCUGAUAUUAUGCAAUAGUAAUGAUAAUGAUAAUAUGCAGGCGCUUAAUACAAUGUUAAGAACACUACAAUUACCCCCUCUUUAGCACGGCUACCCCUAAUGGAAUGAUCGAGCCUUCAAGGAAUUUCCUCCUACUUGGUAGCCAUUUACUACACCGUGGAGAGUGGCAAAUAGACGCAAGUUCUGUGAUGGGAUUCGAACCCAAGGCCUUGUAGUUCAAAGUCACUAGACGUAUUCACUGAGCAACAAGAGCUCUAAAUUGUGUACUCUGCAGGGAAAAUGAAUUUUCAUGUCCAUUGUUGAUUGGAUCAUUGGCAAGACGCUUUAUAGUAUAUCUUUAAAGGACAAGUGCACCUCAACAAAAGUUGAUUUGAAUAAAAAGAGAUAAAUUCAACAAGAAUAACAC